UCUCUGGUCCCGAUGUGCUCGAGUCACCCUGUAUCUCCACGUGGGUGUGGAGGGCGCGUCAUGGAGAGGACGGACGGCUGUGCUCUGUGCUGUCACCGCCUAGGCUCCCGGCACCCAGCGGGGCUGUUGCACUGGGCUGCAGGGGAAGACCCUGCGAAGGGGAGUGCUGGUCAGGGGCGAAGGAGCCGCCGAGCACGCCUGCCUUGCUGUCCUGCCUUUGGCGCCUGCUGGGGUCCGUCCCGUCCCUGUGUGUGGGCUUCUCUGGGCUCAGGGCUGGGGCUCCCUACUCGUGAGGGAUGUUGCAGUCAUCGUGGUGACCUGUCAGCUGGGUCCAGGAAGGUGCUCGGCGAGCUGUGGGAAUCACAGGGCGGCCCAGAGGCUCUUGUCCCUCUCAGAGGCCCCUCCUCACUCCUCAUCCUCUCCUCUGGUCUGGGAGGGACCUGGUGGGGAAGGUUGUCGGACACGAUCGUGAGUCCCGGGGACGAGUGAUCUGGGACUCCGCAGAGAGGUGUUAGCUGGGAGUUUCGUUUUGAUUGAGCUUGGGUUGGUCGGUUAGCUCUGCCCCCGGCGCGUCUGGUGGUUUUCUCGUCCUGUGUCUUCUGCACGGAGCUAACUUGGCCUUUCCCUCUGUUUUAGGGAGUCAGUACCAAAUGAGGAGGAAAGGACGAUGUCAUCGCGGCGCUGCAGCGAGACACCCUUCCUCCCCGUGCAGUACUAAGCACUCCCCCACGCGAGAGACCCUGACCUACGCGCAGGCCCAGAGGAUGGUUGAGAUAGAGAUCGAGGGGCGCCUCCAUCGGAUCAGUAUUUUUGAUCCCCUGGAGAUCAUACUGGAAGAUGACCUCACGGCUCAAGAAAUGAGCGAAUGCAACAGCAAUAAAGAAAAUAGCGAGAGGCCACCGGUGUGCUUAAGAACUAAGCGCCACAAAAACAACCGAGUCAAAAAGAAAAAUGAAGCCCUCCCCAGUGCCCACGGCACGCUGGCUUCGGCCAGCGCGCUUCCCGAGCCCAAGGUGCGGAUCGUGGAGUACAGCCCGCCGUCCGCCCCCAGGAGGCCCCCGGUGUACUACAAGUUCAUCGAGAAGUCGGCCGAGGAGCUGGACAACGAGGUGGAGUACGACAUGGACGAGGAGGAUUACGCCUGGCUGGAGAUCGUCAACGAGAAGCGCAAGGGCGACUGCGUGUCGGCCGUGUCGCAGAGCGUGUUCGAGUUCUUGAUGGACCGCUUCGAGAAGGAGUCCUACUGCGAGAACCAGAAGCAGGGGGAGCAGCAGUCCCUGAUCGACGAAGACGCCGUGUGCUGCAUCUGCAUGGACGGCGAGUGCCAGAACAGCAACGUGAUCCUCUUCUGCGACAUGUGCAACCUGGCCGUGCACCAGGAGUGCUACGGGGUGCCCUACAUCCCCGAGGGCCAGUGGCUCUGCCGACACUGCCUGCAGUCCCGGGCCCGGCCCGCCGACUGCGUGCUCUGCCCGAACAAGGGAGGUGCCUUCAAAAAGACAGACGACGACCGCUGGGGCCACGUGGUGUGCGCCCUGUGGAUCCCGGAGGUGGGCUUUGCCAACACGGUGUUCAUCGAGCCCAUCGACGGCGUGAGGAACAUCCCCCCGGCCCGGUGGAAACUGACGUGCUACCUCUGCAAGCAGAAGGGCGUGGGCGCCUGCAUCCAGUGCCACAAGGCAAACUGCUACACGGCCUUCCACGUGACGUGCGCCCAGAGGGCCGGCCUCUACAUGAAGAUGGAGCCCGUGAAGGAACUCGCGGGCGGCGCCACGACCUUCUCUGUCAGGAAGACCGCUUACUGUGACGCCCACACGCCCCCGGGCUGUACGCGGAGGCCUCUGAACAUUUACGGGGAGGUGGAGAUGAAAAACGGUGUCUGUCGAAAAGAGAGCUCCGUCAAAACGGUCAGGUCCACGUCCAAGGUCAGGAAGAAAGCGAAAAAGGCGAAGAAGACGCUGAGUGAGCCCUGUGCGGUCCUGCCGCCCGUGUGCGCCCCGUAUAUCCCCCCUCAGAGAUUAAAUAGGAUUGCGAAUCAGGUGGCCAUUCAGCGGAAGAAGCAGUUUGUGGAGAGAGCCCACAGCUACUGGCUGCUCAAAAGGCUGUCGAGGAACGGCGCCCCCCUGCUGCGGCGACUCCAGUCCAGCCUGCAGUCCCAGAGGAGCACGCAGCAGAGAGAAAACGACGAGGAGAUUCAAGCUGCCAAAGAGAAGCUGAAGUACUGGCAGCGGCUGCGGCACGACCUGGAGCGCGCGCGGCUGCUGAUCGAGCUCCUGCGCAAGCGGGAGAAGCUCAAGCGGGAGCAGGUGAAGGUAGAGCAGAUGGCCCUGGAGCUGCGGCUGACGCCGCUCACGGUGCUGCUGCGCUCCGUGCUGGACCAGCUGCAGGAGAAGGACCCGGCUCGGAUAUUCGCCCAGCCGGUGAGCCUGAAGGAGGUACCAGAUUAUUUGGAUCACAUUAAACAUCCCAUGGACUUUGCCACAAUGAGGAAACGGUUAGAAGCUCAAGGGUAUAGACACCUCACUGAGUUUGAGGAGGAUUUUAAUCUCAUUGUAGAUAACUGCAUGAAGUACAAUGCCAAGGACACGGUGUUUUAUAGAGCCGCCGUGAGGCUGCGCGAUCAGGGCGGUGUUGUUCUGAGGCAGGCCAGGCGCCAGGCCGACAGCAUCGGCUUCGAGGAGGCCUCGGGGAUGCACCUGCCCGAGCGGCCUGCUGCGGCCCCUCGGCGGCCUUUCUCCUGGGAAGACGUGGACAGGUUGCUGAACCCAGCCAACAGGGCCCACAUGGUCCUAGAGGAGCAGCUAAGGGAGCUGCUGGACAAGCUGGACCUCACGUGCGCCAUGAAGUCCAGCGGGUCUCGGAGCAAGCGGGCCAAGCUCCUGAAAAAGGAGAUCGCGGUCCUUCGGAACAAGCUGAGCCAGCAGCACAGCCAGCCCCCGCCCGCGGAAUCAGGUAUUGGAAGCUUUGAAGAGGAAAGUGCUCAGCUGGGGCAGGAGACGGGGGAGGAAGGAGAUAAAUCUCCCCCUAAACUUGAACCAUCAGAUGCAUUACCUCUUCCUUCAAACUCGGAGACUAAUUCAGAACCACCAACCCUCAAACCAGUAGAACUGAACCCAGAGCAGAGUAAACUAUUCAAAAGAGUCACAUUUGAUAAUGAAUCACAUAGCACUUGCACUCAGAGCGCACUGGUAAUCGGACACCCUCCAGAGCCCACCCUCGCCAGUAGUGGCGAUGCGCCGGCGGCGGCGGCCUCCGCGGUGGCGGAGCCAUCAAGCGAUGUAAACAGACGCACUUCUGUUCUCUUCUGCAAAUCGAAAAGUUCCUUCCGAGGUUGGAGACUCUUCUGCAGCCAAGAAAAAGGUCGCGGAGCACCUGCGGCGACUCCGAGGUGGAGGAGGGGUCCCCGGGAAAGCGCCUGGACACAGACUGGCAGUAGAUACGGUGGACGCGGGAUGAGCCCUGUCGCCCUCCCGUGCGGCCCGGGAGUCUUAGUAGCACCAGGACCUGCUCCGCACGCGGGCCUGACGCUGCGCAUCCGGCUCCCAUUUCUGGCUCCACCUCACCUCCGCCUCCGUGCUCUCUGCGCGCCCCGGAUCGCUCGCUCCGAGCGGCGCUCUCCGCCAUCUGAGGACUCGAACUGUUCUGAACCUUGUGAUUUUUCCAAAGAUUCAUCCGUGCGCUCUGCCUUGUAGGGGUUCUUCUGGCGUCCCACAGCACGCCGCAAGAUUUCCGAGUUAGAGUGAACACAGAUCCCUUCGUUUGGAGACACUCGGCCCCCCCGGGGGCUCCCUGCUCUUGAGCUGUGGGCGGCGCCGCGGGCCGGGGUUAGAGCCCCCGACUCCGCUCUUCCGGUGCCACGUCGCCUGGGGCCUGCGCUCCGUCCCCCGCUUCCUUCUUCCCUGACGCUUCUGUGAUUCCCAGAACGGGCUUCCGGGCCGGCACUUUCCUGCUUCUGGUCUCUGCUCCCGAGACUCCUGCUGUGUGCACGUGGUGUGUGUGUGCGUGGGAGAGAGAGAGGGACAGAGUCAAGGAGAGAGAGAGACAGAGACAAGGAGAGACAGAUGAGACAGGGAGAGACACAGAGACAAAAAACAGUCAAAGAAACAGACACAGAGACGGAGAGAGAC